UUGGGAUCAUAAUGUGGGGUAAUUUGAAGAUAAUUCUCACGUUUGAAAUGUCCAUGCCAUAUUUCGCAUUUUACUCUAGUGUUACAAACUUGAGAUUUAAAACUUUCUGAAAGAAAGUUGAUAAUUGAAUACUAUCUGUUUUGGAGGCUAUGUAUUGCUGAUUUUGUUCAGGCCAUGACUGUCCAACAGGUUUGAGGCACCUAUGGAUCUAAAGAACGAGCGGGAAAGAUUAAUAUUUGAACAAAAGUAUGGGGAAGCAUUCACUUCAGCCCAUGAAUUUUUGGAUGUUUAUUUGGUUUUUAGAUAAUGCAGAUUUUGUUUAGUUUUUCAGAGUUUAUAAUUGAGAAGAUAAUCAUGUGCUCUUGAAGUAUUCUCUCUCUCUCUCUCUCUCUCUCUCUCUCUCUCUCUCUCUCUCUCUCUCUUUUAUGACAUCUCAUCCUUAUCUUUUUCUAUAUUUUUGUUCUUUAAUUUUGCUGCAUAACUUUUCUGUAUGAUGAUAUUCGUUGUAGGAAGCUAUUCGUUGGGGUACUGAUUCUUAAAACUACUGCUCAUCCAAACACCAUAUAUGUGCAGGAGUUUUGUCUAUGGCGGCACAAAAACAAAGAGCAAAUCUGGGACUAGACCUGAGUCAGCAAUGGAAUUUGAACAUCCGACAGGUUGGGGGAGUUGAGACUGUUACUCUUGGAGAUGAUGAAGCCCAUGCUAGAGGUUGUCAGAAAAGCAUUCUUGAGAGAAAAGCUCUUCUAACCUUCCAUUUUCUGAUUGAAAUGAGGGAAAGGAAAUAUUGGGUCAUGCAUCGGACUGAAAGGAGUGUUGAUAUGUUGCUCCAUGGUAAAAAGCACUUGGUUGAGGUAAUGAUAUCAAAACCUUUGUACCCAGCACUACUUUAAGCAUUUACUUUAAACAUAUGGCUAGAAUAGGCUUUUGACAAAUUGUUUGAAAACUAGGAAUGUAGAUUCACCUUGGUUGACGGAUGAGUCAAAACUUGAUCAUGGGUAUAAGUGAAGGUACAAUUACUAAUUGUUAUAUUGGUUCCCAUUAAUAAGGAGAUUGAUAAAUCAUAAACAUGCCUUAAACACGUAAGGUUGUCCCUGAACAAAUUUCUCAGGCCAACAUCACAUUUUUGCCUUAUUUUCUAUGGCCUUCAUCAAAUUGAUGCGUAAGUCGGAAUAUGAUGAAAUAUAUUACAUAACAGGUGUAUAUUAGGAAGGAUAUGAUCAAAUAUAUUGUAACAGGUGUAUAUCAGGUCUAUAUCAAGA